GUGACUCUUGGGGUUCACCUGGGCUUGCGGGGCUCCCAGCAGAGGCGUGCUGCAUCAGCCUGGCUCGCAGCUGUACCAGCCUAGCUUCCUGGAGACCAAAACCACAAGCAGAGGGGAGAGGCGCAAGAGACUCUUACGGCUGGGCUUGGUCGUCUGUGUUUCAGAGAGAAAGCAGCUGAGAGAAAGGCGCACGUUGCACUGGUGGGGCGGGUGAGAGGGGUGCACCUGUUGGUCCCAGGAUGGCGCUUCCCACUGGAGGACACGCUUAAGUGUCGGAAAUGGCCCCGGACAUGCGGCUCCUGUUCAUGCUGGCUGGAUUGCUGACGGCAGCCCUCCCAGGUCGCCCCCCUCCAGCACCGUUGGGCCAACCGGACACCAACAGUACACACAGCAAGCCCUUGGAGCCACGUGAGCCAACCCAUUUCUCCAGUGUCAGCUUAUGGAGAUCAAGGCCCCGCCUGGUGAAUGGGAGCAGCCGCUGCAGCGGGGUGGUGGAGAUCCAGCUCAACUCGACCUGGAAGCCCGUGUGCGGGUCCCCGCCUUGGGACAGCCGCGCCGCUGAAGCUGUGUGUCGCGUGCUGGACUGUGGCGAGCCGGUCCCGCCUACCCAGGAGCUGCUCUGGGGAUCCGCUGGUGGAAACGCCAGCAGGGCCCCGAAUACCUCUUUGCCAGCGGUCCGGUGCAACAGUUCCGAGUGGCAGCUCUGUGAGGUGGUGAACCGGCCUUGCAGCACCGAAGGGAAGCCGGUGCAAGUCACCUGCGCAGAGAAUCGCGUGCUGCGUUUGGUGGACGGUGGGAGUCCCUGUGCUGGACGCGUGGAGAUGCAAGAGCAUGGCAGGUGGGGGACAGUAUGCGAUGACACCUGGGACCUGGAGGAUGCCCACGUGGUGUGCCGGCAACUGGGCUGUGGCUGGGCCAUCCAGGCCCUGCCCGGCCUGCACUUCAGCCCUGGCCAAGGGCCCAUCCACCGGGACCAAGUGAACUGCUCCGGGAACGAGGACUACCUUUGGGACUGCCCAGGGAUGCCAGGAGCCCACUACUGUGGCCACAAGGAAGAUGCCGGCGUCGUGUGUGCAGAGCACCAGUCAUGGCGCCUGAGCGGAGGUGCCGACCGCUGCGAGGGGCAGGUGGAGGUGCACUUCCGAGGGGUGUGGAGCACAGUGUGUGACAGCGAGUGGUACUCCCAGGAGGCCGGUGUGCUGUGCCAGGCUUUGGGCUGCGGGACCGUGGUGGACAGGCCCAAGGGGCGGCCGCAUUCGCUGGCGGGCAGGAUGUACUACUCCUGCAAGGGAUGGGAGCCCACCCUUUCUGACUGCUCCUGGCGAUUCAACAACUCCAACCUCUGCAGCCAGUCACACGCGGCCAGGGUCCUCUGCUCAGGUUCGCGGAGUUUGAACAACCUGUCUACUUCCGAAGCCCCUGCAAGUGUCCAGCCGGCGUCCACAGAACCUUCUGUGAUAGUGAAAGUGGAUGACAAGGAAUCCCGGGAGCUGGCACUCCUCAUCCCCUGCAUCAUCCUGGGAAUUCUCCUCCUUGCCUCUCUCAUCUCCAUAGCCUGCAUCCUCUUGAGAAUCAAAGGGAAGUACGCCCUCCCUGUUACCAUGAACCACCAGUACCUGCCCACCACCAUCCCAGCAGGGACCAAUAGCUACCAAGCGGUCCCCAUCACCAUCCCCAAAGAAGAAGUUCCCAAGCUGUCCAUCCAGGUCCGGGCACAGCCUGCCGAGGACUCGAGUUCCAGCUCAGACUCAGACUACGAGCACUAUGACUUCAGCACCCAGCCUCCCGUGGCCCUGAGCACCUUCUACAAUUCCCAGCGGCACCGGGUCACAGACGAUGAGGUCCAGCAGAGAAGGUUCCAGAUGCCCCCACUCGAGGAAGGACUUGAAGAGCUUCAUGUCCCCAUCUCAGCUGCUAACCCUGGACACAGCAUGGCAAGCACUCCUUCCCUUGGCCCUCAGAGUCAACACAGAAGCCAGAGCGAGUCCAGUACCUCCUCUGGGGAGGACUACUGCAACAGUCCCAGCAGCAAGCCUCAGCUGCCUUGGAGCUCUCAGGGCUUCCCUUCAGAAAGGAAUUCUCUGCUGGAGCAGCCUCCAAACCUGGAGCUAGCGAGCCCCCAGGUGACCUGCUCGGCAGGGUUCCCGGCCGAGGACAGCUCCAGCACCUCCUCUGGAGAGUGGUACCAGAACUUCCAACCACCGCCCCAGCUGCCUUCAGUGGAGCAGUUUGGCUGUCCAGGUAAUGGGGCAGGGCCUCCUGCCUCCCGACCAGACUCCACGGAUGAGGACGACUAUGAUGACAUUGGAGCAGCUUAGACUGGGGCCAGCCCAGGCUUCUCAGGGACUCCCCAGUGCUGGCCUCCUGCUCUGCCUGCUCCCUGCCCUGCCCCACAACCCCUGCCAUGCAGCUCUAAGGCCUCCCUGGAGACUAGAAGGGAAUGCCCAAUGGUAGCUCUGGAAUGGAGAGGCCUGGCAAGCCCUGUUGGUCUCAUGCAUGAUCAUGCCAAGUCCAGGCCACCUCCUGCAGCUGCUGGGCAGUUACAAGGGACGCUGCUUAAGUCCCUGGUGUCCCUUGGUGAGAGGUGCUUUGAGUCCCUGAGUCUGCGACAGCUCAGAGCCCACGGGUACUGAAAGGAGAUCCUAUGUACUUGGGGCUCUUGGCUGGUGUCACUCAGGUAGGGGAUGCUAUAGGAGGCCCGGCCAGCCCGUCCUUCAAGGUGCCAGCUGCACUGGGAUGGCCUUCCUGGGCACAGGUGGCUGACUGCGGGCAGGAUGACCAUGUGUCCGGACGCAGGGGCUGGAGUCUGAUGUCAGUCCUGUCUCUAAGGACCCUCUGAAGCCACAAGCCUGUGCCCCAGGGAUGGUGCCCGGACAGCCGAUCCUUAUUCUGGGCUUCCUAUAGUUUACAAAGAUGGUCCCAGGCCAGUGUUCUUGCAGACCUCAGAGUGAGGGUCCCAAUCAGUCCCCGUGGAGCAAUAGCUAUAGAGUUAUGUGCCAGGAAGCAGCUCCCUGGGGCUGCAUUGGUCCCUGUGUCCCCAUGGUCUCCUUUCAUUGAUGGGCGUGUGACUCUGCAGUGCUGACCGAGAGCGGGAGUCCCAGAGAGGCCCGAAGGCUCAGACUGGGGCCUGCUGUCCGUUCUGGAUAUCCUGAGACUAAACAGAAUUACUAAAUAAAACUGGAACCCAAA